CCAACAAGUGCUAGUACAUGCCCGGACCCUGCUGCACACAGACAUACAAUAGAGUCGAAUUUCUCUCUCGCAGAAAGUUUCUUUGUCGGUUGCAAAUUGAAACUGCCGUCAGUCGACACUUGUGACUCGAGCCGAACGCAGCUAACAGACCCCAGAGAUCCUAACCCCCCAACGAGAGGGAGAACACACACUAUAUAGUAUAUAGAGUAUAGACAGAGACAGAUACAGAGAUGUCAUUAUCAUCGUCGGCGAGUCUGCUCAUCGGCGCCCUAUGCCUGUGCCUGGUCCAGCCGGAGAUCAGCGCCGGUUUGGCAAUGGUGCUGGGCAAUGUCACCCUCUUCAACGUCCAAUUCAAGUCCCCCAGCUGGCUGGGGCGCUCCAUAGUCGCGGACAGUAACCUGCGGAUAGAGAGCGAUGUGGAUCCCAAUAUAUUGGAAGAUUCGCACUUGGACACGAUCCAUCUGCUACAAAAAUAUGGCUACCCAGCCGAGAAUCAUACCGUGGAGACAGACGAUGGCUACAUACUCGGUCUUCACAGGAUCGCCCGUCCUGGCGCAAUGCCCGUGCUCCUGGUCCAUGGCCUGCUGGACAGUUCGGCCACUUGGGUGAUGAUGGGACCCAACAAAGGAUUGGGAUACUUGCUCUACGAGCAGGGCUACGAUGUAUGGAUGGCCAACGUACGCGGCAACACAUACUCCAGGAACCACGUCAAGUACAGUACGCGCCAUGCCAAGUUCUGGGACUUUACGUUCCACGAAAUGGGCAAGCACGACAUACCGAGCACAAUCGACUUUGUGCUCAACAACACGGGGUUCAGUCAGCUGCACUACAUUGGCCACUCCCAGGGCUCGGUAGUGUUCUGGAUCAUGGCCAGUGAGAGACCCGAGUACAUGGAGAAGAUCUUCUUUAUGCAGGCCCUGGCCCCAGUGGCCUUCCUGAAGCAUUGCCGGAGUCCUGUCGUCAAUUUCCUGGCCGAAUGGCAUUUAUCGGUGAGCGUGGUCCUUAAGCUGAUCGGCGUCCAUGAGUUUCUGCCCAAGAACGAGUUCAUCAGCAUGUUCAAUCGGAUCAUUUGCGACGAGACAACCAUCACCAAGGAGAUCUGCUCGAACGUGAUCUUUCUGACCACUGGCUUCGAUAAGCUGCAGCUGAACGAGACCAUGCUCCCGGUGAUUGUGGGCCACUCUCCGGCCGGGGCUUCUACCAAGCAAAUGCAACACUUUGGCCAGCUGAAAAGGUCUGGGGCCUUCAGACAGUUUGACUAUGGAUGGCUGAGGAACCAUUGGCGUUACGGCACCUUGGAUCCCCCCUUAUACAAGCUGGAGAAUGUCCGGGCUAAGGUGGCGCUUUACUACGGAAAGAACGACUGGCUGGCGCCUCCCGAGGAUGUGGAAAUGCUGGAUAAGAGGCUUCCAAAUGUCGUGACAAAGUACCUGGUCGACGAUCCGGAGUUCAACCACCUGGACUUCAUAUGGGCCAUCAAUGGGAAGGAAUUACUCUGGGAUCGCAUGCUGGAGAACAUGCGAAAUCAGGAGAACUCCGUUAUAUGAAGGGGGAACGAUGGAACCUAGCAUAAGCUAUCUAUAUAUUAUUUUAGUUUAAGAACUUACAGUAUAAAGCGGGUCAGAGGUGUCAGCAAUAGUUAGGUAUUUAUUUGGAUUUAGUUUACUUUACUGUUGAAUACUUACAAACAGACAUACAUGCGUACAAAUAUGUAUUAAUAUACGAAGAUCAAGAAUCAACAAAAAUAA